GACCUUUAACAAACUCACACUGUCACACUCACACGCUCUCUCUCUCUCUCUCUCUCAGUCUCUCUCCAUCGGAUAGUAGCAGAGAAAGAGAAGAGAGCGAGAGACUGGAGUAGAUUAAUGGCAAAAGGCUUAGAAGCUUCACUGAUCGCCACAGAUGGAAACAGCAGCAGGCGGAGGCGGUGGUCCAAAGCUCUGUUGCUCAUACCUCUAACCAUAGCCUUAGCAUGCUUUUUUCUUAGAGAAAACUUUAAUUUAUGGGAGGAUAAACAUGAUGAUUCCUAUUUGAAAGGAAAAUUACAAACUAAUAGUAGCUACAUUGUGGAGUCUCAGCAAGCAGUCGUUGCUGCUGACGACGGUCGAUGCUCUGAAAUUGGUGUGAUGAUGCUUGAGAAAGAUGGGCAUGCUGUUGAUGCUGCGGUUGCAACUGCACUCUGCCUUGGCGUAGUUAGCCCAAUGUCUAGUGGUAUAGGAGGUGGAGCAUUCAUGGUUGUUAGAUCUUCAUCUUCGCACAUUGCCCUGGCAAUCGACAUGAGGGAAACUGCUCCAGCAGCUGCUUCACAGAACAUGUAUGAAUACAAUGCAGAAGCCAAGUCUGAGGGGGUGUUAUCGAUGGGUGUUCCUGGUGAAAUAGCUGGCCUUCAUGCUGCUUGGUUGAGAUUCGGGAAGUUGCCUUGGAAGACUUUGUUUGAGCCCGCCAUUAGACUUGCCAAAGAGGGGUUUAUAGUCAGUCCAUAUGUCGGAAGCUGUAUUUCCAAACAAGCAGAAAAGAUCAUGAACGACCCUGGCUUGCGAAAGGUCUAUGCACCAAAUGGCAAGCUGCUAAAAUCUGGUGCCACUUGCUACAAUGAGGAGCUCGGGAACAGCUUACGUGCAGUGGCGGAGCAAGGAGCUGAAGCCUUUUAUAAUGGGACAGUUGGCGAACGACUGAUUAGGGAUGUGAGAGAAGCAGGUGGAAUUUUGACGAUGGAUGAUCUGAGAAACUAUGAAGUAAGGGUCACGAGUGCUGUUCCUGUACACGUUAUGGGGUAUGAGAUACUAGGGAUGCCGCCUCCAUCAAGUGGAACAGUCGGAAUUUCCUUGGUUCUGAAUAUUUUGGCUAGUUAUGGAAGUCUAGAUGCUGUAAAAGGCCCUUUAGGCUUGCAUCGUCUUGUUGAAGCGCUGAAGCACAUGUUCGCCAUCAGAAUGGACCUUGGAGAUCCUGAUUUUGAAAAUAUUAGUAAAACUGUAUCCGACAUGCUUUCCCCUUCUUUUGCGAAGAGCAUCAAAGAGAGGAUAUUCGACAACACCACAUUCCCUCCUGAAUAUUACAUGCACAAGUGGAGUCAGCUUGUGGAUCAUGGAACAAGUCAUUUUUGUAUUGUAGAUUCAGCUCGAAAUGCUGUGUCAAUGACAAGCACAGUGAAUUCACAGUUUGGAGGCGGUGUGCUCUCUCCAUCUACUGGCAUUGUCCUAAACAACGAAAUGGAUGAUUUCUCAGUUCCAACUGACCUGUCACAUGAUAAGCUCCCUCCGGCUCCGACUAACUUUAUCAAACCGAACAAAAGGCCCUUAUCUUCUAUGAGCCCUAUUGUUGUCCUCAAGGACAAACAGCUAGUCGGGGUCAUUGGUGGCAGUGGCGGUCUAGACAUUAUUCCUGGAGUGAUCCAGGUGUUCAUCAACCAUUUUCUCCUAGGUAUGGAACCACUAGCAGCGGUUGAGAGUGCAAGAGUAUAUCACAGGUGCAGCUGAUUCCGAAUGUUGUCUCAUACGAGAACUGGACGGUUGUGGACGGAGAGCACAUCGAGCUCUCUGAAAAGCUCAAGAAGUUCUUGAGGGAAAGGGGCCACCAACUGCAGGCUAAAGCAGGGGGAGCGAUCUGCCAGCUUGUGGUUCAGAAUCUGACCAACACAGCGGGGUUGGGGCGAAAAGUGAGAGCCGAUGACGUGCUCCAUGGCGUGCUGACGGCCAUCAGCGAUCCUCGGAAAGGCGGGCAGCCUGCAGCAAUGUGACUGUGUUUCUUGAAAUAUUGAUAGAAUGUGGUGUUGCUGCAUUCUUGUGAAUAAUUUCCAGUGUAACAGGAUCCCUCCUUUCGGCUGCUAAUCCAACACGCCACGAACUGAUCCUCUUUAUUCAUCUGAUGCGUGCUCAUGAAUAGAUUUAUAUGAUGAGGUAACA